AUGCAGGAGCUUAACCAGUCCACUGUGACAGAAUUCAUUCUAUUGGGCUUCAGCUCCAACCCCAGGACCAAUCCUCUGCUCUUCACCUUCUUUUUAGUCUUUUAUAUGCUGAUCCUUGUGAGCAACACCCUCCUCAUCACGCUCAUCCUCCAGGACUCGCGCCUCCACACACCCAUGUACUUUUUCAUCAGUGUCCUCUCCCUGCUGGAUGUGUGCUACACCACCACCACGGUGCCACAGAUGCUUGUGCAUAUUCUCAGCAAAAGGAGGGCCAUCUCUUUUGCUAGGUGUGUGGCCCAGAUGUACAUCUUCCUCCUCUUUGGGGUCACCGAGUCCUGGCUUUUCUCCAUCAUGUCCGUGGACAGGUAUGUGGCCAUCUGCCACCCUCUCAGAUACAAGGUCAUCAUGAGCCAAGGGAUGUGUCUCUUCAUGGUGGGUGUCUGUGCAGCUUAUGGUGUGGUUGGUGGCCUGUGCUAUACUUUCUUUGCUAUGCAUUUGCCCUACUGCGGUCCUAAUGAAAUCGACCACUACUUCUGUGAGGUUCCUGCCGUUCUGAAGCUGGCUUGUGCAGACACAUCCCUCAAUGACCUGGUGGACUUCAUCACAGGCUUCAAUGUCAUUGUGGUUCCUCUCUCCCUGAUUGUCAUUGUCUAUGCCGGCAUCUUUGCCACCAUUGUGAAGAUCCGCUCAGCCCAAGGCCGGAUCAAGGCCUUCUCCACCUGUGCCUCCCACAUCACUGUGGUCACCAUGUUCGCCAUUCCUUGCAUCAUCAUGUACAUGAGCCCUGGCUCAGGCUCCUUAUCAAAUAGUGGCAAGAAAAUGGCCCUUUUCUAUAACAUUGCCACAGCCUUCCUCAACCCCGUCAUCUACAGUCUAAGGAACAAAGAUGUGAAACAAGCUCUCCUCAAAUUGAUGGGUUGGAGCAGAGUUCCAGAGUGAAUCUUUAAAGCUAAGGUCUUGAGGGGCUGAAGAAAGCAGGACUUGCAGUCACCGACUCCACAAUAACUCUUCCAUGGGCAGGAAGAUCUGGACUCUGUAAAGAUAAUUUCUUACCCUGGACCAUGGUGGAGUGGAGUAGGGUGCUGAGACUUCGGCAGUUUAUUUGAGGCAGAGGUGAUGGUGAAGGUAUUGUUAAGAGCCUGUACUUCAGUGACAGG